AGCGCACCCCCGAUCCCCAUCCUCUCUGUCGUGCCUCCGCCUGGCCAAGACGGCGGCGACGGAGAGGCACGACGGCCCGCCAUGCAGCGAGUUUCCUCCUUCCUCCCGUCCUGGGACAAGAGGGCGUCGGGUUCUCGACAGGGCCUCUUUGGCUGGUCCUCGAACCGCUCCAGCACCUCCAUAUCUGUCGCAAACGCCAAUUCAUUAACCAGGAUAAACACGGCUGCCGCUAAUGCAAAUGGCCGAGUCCACCGGGAAGCCUUCUGGCCUGCGACCCUUGACCGCGAAUGCGAGAAGGCUGCCCGCAUCCUCAAGUCGUUCUGUACGGAUGGAUAUCUUGUGCCUCUUGAGGAAGAAGAGGACGAAUCCCGGUCAACAACUAGCGAACCACUCUCCCCAAAACGAGUCACCAAGAAAAUUCCUCGGCGCAUCAUCCAGAAUGCCGCUGGAAUCGCAAUCUUUACCUGUAUGCGAAGUGGCCUGUGGAUGACGGGCUCCGGCGGCUCCGGCAUUCUCAUUGCCCGCAAAUCGGACGGUACCUGGUCGCCGCCCUCUGGAAUCAUGCUACAUACGCCCACUCUCAGCUUCAUUAUCGGCGUCGAUGUUUACGACUGCGUCCUCGUUGUUAACAAUCUCGCCGCUCUCGAGUCCAUCACGAAACCCCGUGUCACACUAGGUGAAGAUGUCGGUCUCACUAGCGGUCCUCUGGUGUCUCUCGACUCAGAUGAGUCGCACAUCAGGUGGAAGGACCUGGGCAACACCGUUUUGACAUACAUGAAGUCGCGCGGUCAGACCCAGGCCGUGAACUUGAACGGCUGCAUCCUGGCCGAGAGGGGCAACGAGAACGAGCGCUUCUAUGCUAGCCCCCUAACACAAAUGGACAUUCUCGCCGGCAACGUCGCGCGGAAUGUGGAUGAGACUAUGCCGCUCUUUGAAAUCAUCAAGAUGGCCGAGGGCCGCACAGACUACGACGCUGCUAUCACGAGCAAGAUUGCCAUUGAGUGCGCCCCAGGAGACGCCCUCAUUGCAAGCCCCAAGUCUUCGACACCAGCCUCUCCUCGCACUCCAUUCGGAAUUCCCAGCGCCGACGAUCCCGAUCCCUUUGGUGUUUUGGCCCUCGAGAUGGCUGGACUAGAAAUCAGAGAGGCCGGGUCGCGGUUAAGACCUACUAGCAGCCAGUUCGACUUCAACCCCGUGCCCACUAGCCCGGCCUACUCCAAGUUUAACAGACAGAGCGUAGACACAUUUGUCACGAGGAGUAACCGUGGCAGCUACAUGUCGUCACGCACCGUCAAGAGUCAGAUGACGGAUGCAGGAACCCAGACGGACGUUGGAAAGGACACACCCGAGACAACGCCAAGCCCAGGCCAAAGUGAAGACGGCCAUGACAGGGCUUCUCGAGCACAAAUCCCCGAUGUGACGGAGGAAGAGGAGGAGAUUGAUUACACAAAGGUCGACUUGACGCCCAUAAGACAUCUCAGCGGAAAUCACACUCCUGCCAGUGCAACCAGCCACAGUAGUACGACCGCUGUGGAGCACGACACUCUCAAGGUUGAGCCGAGAGACGACACGGAUAAGGCAUCAAGCAAGUAUGAUAGUGACAGGGAUGACAGGAGCAGCCGCAAUGCAGAUGAUGAGAACGACUCGGAAAGUGACGCCGAGGAGGAAGACGAUGAAGAGGAGCCCGUGGUAUUCGAAGUGGCAGCCGUGCAGCCGGCAAGGACCCAGGCUGUGGCAUCCCGAGUGAUCCACGCCAAGGGCAACAUGGUGACAAUCCCAAAGAGGAUUCCUCCUCCACUGCCUAUGCGGAGCCCUGCCAGGACAUCUCGAUCCAGUAAGAGCGAGAUCGGCGAUGUCACGAACCUCCGAAGCCCUCUGCGACAUGCUUUCAACGAGCAGGACCUAAAGUCGGAUGAUGAGCAGCCAGCAAAGGCCCAGCCUUCACCCUUCCUGAAGCCUGCUGAGGAAUUCAAGCCCGAAACCUCCAGGAUCCAGGAGCAUUCAACAGACGAUGGAUCUUCGGAUUCGGAUUCGGAAUUCUUCCCGGCCGAAGAGGACAAGGUGGUGGACAACAAGGUUGAAAUCACCAAAAUUGAAGAGGCCAAGGCUGAAGCAUCCAAGAUGGUGGACGCAAAGGCCGCCACUGAAGCUGAAACCAAGCCCACUCAAGCCGAAACCGAAGCCAAGACUGAGCCGAGGAGCAUUGGAACAUCCCCCACUAUCCCCCAGAUCGAGCAUUCCGACAGCUCGGAUACGGUUGCCAAGAAGCACACUUCCUCCGUCUACACUGGCGCAACCGAGGAUCGAUGGAGCUUCGAUGGGUCAUCACUCACGACUCCCACCUCGGACCGACCGUACUCGGUUGUUGACGACAUUACUGAAGAUGAGACGCCCCGAAAGCCAACCAGAGAGGUUGAGCGUAUCGACAUGAACGAGAAGCAUGAAGAACUGGCCAAGAUUGGGUCGAAAGAAGCAACCCCAAACACCAUCACGGUUGCAUAAUUGAAAAAGACGAGACGACGAUUUUACACGGGUAGAUGGCAUAUGGCGCACGUCGUGAACUAUUCAUGGUAAAAGAACAACUUGACAGAACCCUGCGGGUUUUUGCGAGAGGCUUUUGAGAGACUUUUGCGCAUUCUUCUUGUCAAUACUUUUUUUGGUGGAAGUGUACGUUAUGAUGGGAUCCUUGGGCGGGCUAUUCAUUCCCCCAGAUGGCGUUUGGGAGGACGGAGGAUGAUUGUCAUUGAUUUCACAGCAAAGCACAACAGCAUCCUCGGGCAGCGCAGAGCUGAUACCGGUCCGAGGUGCAGGUGAUGGGAGGAAUGGGUAUUAUUCAUGUACUGGGAUGUGUCAUGGGAUGAAAGAAGGCAAAAGCCAAAACAUAUGGAUGAAGGAAUGCUUGUAAGCGAAUGAUCUGUCUGUUCAGUGGAGACUCGUUGCGGUUGUUGCUUUCAUGCCUCAGUGUCUAGUGAAGAAGAGCAGACUACGCUAAAGUACUAUUAAUGCCGUUGAAUACAAUAUGGGCC